AGGGGCCGCCCUCCGCCGCCCUCUGCGUUCCCGCGGGCGAGCGAGUGAGCGGCUGCACGGCGGGGCAGCGGCGGCCAUGGAGGCCUCGCGGGCGCUGGUCUACGGCGGCAAAGGCGCGCUGGGCUCCGCCUGCGUGCGGCACCUGCGGGCCAGGAACUGGUGGGUGGCCAGCAUUGAUCUAGCCGAAAACGAAGAGGCGAGUGCCAACGUCGUGGUGAAAAUGGGCGAUUCGUUCGUUGAACAAGCGGAGCAGGUGACGGAAGAUGUCGGAAAGGUCCUGGGUGAACACAAGGUGGACGCUAUCCUCUGCGUGGCUGGCGGAUGGGCAGGAGGCAGUGCCAAGGCAAAAUCUUUAUACAAAAACAGUGACCUGAUGUGGAAGCAAAGCGUUUGGACGUCAACAAUCGCUAGUCAGUUGGCGACCAAGUAUCUGAAGGAAGGGGGCCUCUUGACUCUCACAGGGGCAAAAGCAGCAUUAGCUGGAACCCCAGGAAUGGUUGCAUACGGCAUGGCCAAGGGAGCUGUCCAUCAACUCUGCCAGAGUCUCUCUGGUUCGAACAGUGGCCUCCCCACUGGUGCUGCAGCCGUUGCGAUCCUCCCGGUUACCUUGGAUACUCCGAUGAACAGGAAGUCCAUGCCGGAGGCUGACUUCAGCUCCUGGACGCCACUAGAUUUCAUUGCAGGAACCUUUUAUGACUGGAUCGUUGGUAAAAACAGGCCAAGCUCUGGAAGUUUGAUCCAAGUGGUGACAACUGGAGGAAAAUCUGAACUUUCACCGGCCCACCUCUGACCCAGGAGUGACAUCUGUGCAAACAGCAGUGAAGUCAUAGAGAUGUAAAACCUGUGUAGUUUGUUGGGUCACCUUCUGUUCAUCUUAUUUGUGGAGCAAGAUCUACAGUUGUGUUUGUGAUGUUAAAUGUGAUUCAGUGAGACUUAAUUAUCCAAAGGUACAAGGCAUCUUGCAUUUAAUCAGAGAAACGAGUUUCAAAAUUGAUUAACGACCUAAUUUUGCAGAGUGAAAACCGGGGGUGGGGUGGGGGAGCAAGUGACACAAUGUGGCUCAUGAGGCAAACCCCUCAAUUGUGUACUUGUGUCUGAUGUUGGUGUGCAAGUACGGAAGAAGGGGGCUUGCAUCGGGACAUCUCUGCCCGCAUUUUGUCAUUGUUGUGUCAAGGUGACUAGGUGAGGAGGAUGUGAUGGAAGGCAUUCCUCUGCCCCUUGUAGAAAGCUUGUACUUCUGUGAGUGGCCGCCUUGAAUGUUACCCAGGUAGAUGUCAUGCUCAGUUGUCAUAUAUUAACUCUGACCAAAGAUGCAAUCCUGUUACUGUCCUUCUUGAAUAAUCACAACUGCGUCAAGAGGUUCCAGCAAAGACCGAGGACAGAACGAGAGCAUACAUUCUUGCACAAAGGAGGCUCUGCUGUCCUAACAGCCAGGAACCACGCUGAGACAAGGAAUAGGUCUCUAGUGUUUUAUUACUGCUACAUUAGACAGAAAAUCCUAACAAACUGAAGAAGCAUGGGAAAACCCAGACAGAUAAACCCCAAAAGUCAAGGCGGGUCUGAUCUGUGUCUCUUUGAAUGGCUGCUCAACUCCUCAGUACUAUGCGUGCGUUUUCCCCCCUGGAUAGGGGCCCCCUCCUGCUCACCAUCAGUACUCAUGACAGCUGCCUUCCGACUUCAAAAGAAAUGGCCUAAAUACAACCUAGAGAAUGUGAGUGCUGACACUUUAUUCUACAUUCCCAAGUGCAUUCUGAAGUUUCUACAUGCUGCCUUUACCAAUGCAGGAAGGACGGGCUAUUUAUAAGAGUCCGCCUAAGAUGGACAUUAUUAUUAUUAUUAUUUGCCUUAAAAGCAAUUAAAAAUAGUCAGUGCAGACUACCAGUUUUCUUGGCUGGUAUAUCUGGCAUAUUCCUGCUACCAUUUCUAUAAAGAAGGCUGUUAACAUGAUUUUUUCUCAGGGCAAUGAUCCUGCAGAUGAAUUCUUCAACCCACACCAGUGAUGUUGCCAGGUUGUAGCUCAGUGGUCACAAAGGCUACGAGUUCCCCACCGCUCCUGGUAUAGGGCAGAAGGUUUAGCUUUUGGGGUAUUUUACUUGUGUGUCUGGAGGAAAAAUUGUGACUUUCCUAGUGAUUGACAGGAAGGGAUUGUGUUGUGUACACACAUGAUUGGUGAUUGGCUUACAAUGGCUUGGUAUUGGAACCAUUUGGUACGUGCAAAAUUUGGAUUUUGGCCCCAGAACGUUCUGUCUAAACUGUGUCAUUCUGAAGAUGGUCUGGCAGUUUUGUAGAAGUAAGCCUUGAAGAACAGGAAGUGUUUUAUGUUCAGAAUGUAGAAGAUUUACUUCCAGGAAACUGCUGGACCUCGUGUUAUGUUUUCUGGAAGAAUGAGAUGUUCUGAAGUUGAAAUACUUUUCAUCUACCUAAAGCUCACUGAGAUAAAUAACAAGUAUCUCACCCUUCAGAAGAAAUACAGUUCUUCAUUCUUGAUCAGCCAGCUUCUACUUUUAUCCCCCUGGACAGCUGUAAGAAUCAGUGGGAUCUACGCACCCACAAAUGACUUAAUGAGUGUUCUCCACAUAUGUAGCUUCUUAACGUGGAGCCUUAUGAUAGUGAAAUAGCCAAGAUGUUACCACCACAUAGAAUGUGUGCUUAAUAAAUGUGCUUCACAGGAGAAAGUG